AUGGGUGUUCAGCCCCCUGCUGUCUCGCACCCUGCUGUCUCACCCCCUGCUGUCUCACCCCCUGCUGUCUCGUCCCCUGCUGUCUCGUCCCCUGCUGUCUCGUCCCCUGCUGUCUAUCCCCUGCUGUCUCACCCCCUGCUGUCUCGUCCCCUGCUGUCUAUCCCCUGUUGUCUCUUCCCCCUGCUGUCUCGUCCCCAGCUGUCUUGUCCUUUGCUGUCUCGUCCCCUGCUGUCUCGUCCCCUGCUGUCUAUCCCCCUGCUGUCUCGUCCCCUGCUGUCUCACCCCUGCUGUCUCAGCCCCUGCUGUCUAUCCCCCUGCUGUCUAUCCCCCUGCUGUCUCACCCCCUGCUGUCUAUCCCCCUGCUGUCUCACCCCCUGCUGUCUUUCCCCCUGCUGUCUCACCCCCCUGCUGUCUAUCCCCCUGCUGUCUCACCCCCUGCUGUCUAUCCUCCUGCUGUCUAUCCCCCUGCUGUCUAUCCCCCUGCUGUCGAAUCCCCUGCUGUCGAAUCCCCUGCUGUCUUGUCCCCUGCUGUCUCAUCCCCUGCUGUCUCAUCCCCUGCUAUCUAGCCCCCUGCUGUCUAGCCCCCUGCUGUCUAUCCCCCUGCUCUCUAUCCCCCUGCUGUCUCGUCCCCUGCUGUCUCACCCCUGCUCCCAGGGGCUGUCUAUCCCCCUGCUGUCUAUCCCCCUGCUGUCUAUCCCCCUGCUGUCUCGUCCCCUGCUGUCUCACCCCCUGCUGUCUCACCCCUGCUGUCUCACCCCUGCUGUCUAUCCCCCUGCUGUCGAAUCCCCUGCUGUCGAAUCCCCUGCUGUCCUGUCCCCUGCUUCCCUUGCUGUCUCGCCCCCUGCUGUCUACCCCCUGCUUUCUAGCGUCCUGCUGUCUCGCCCCCUGCUGUCUCACCCACUGCUGUCUAGCCUCCUGCUUUCUAGCCCCCUGCUGUCUCGCCCCCUGCUGUCUCACCCACUGCUGUCUCGCCCCCUGCUGUCUAAGCCCUCUGCUGUCUAG